UCAGGCAUUCAGUCCUUAAUGAUGAAAUAAUAAUAUAAUACUCGAUACCAAGUAGCUCCUAAACUCUUUACAGAACAAGGUCUUUUUUGGAUCGAACCCGUAAACACGAUGUCGGACGCGCUGGCGGCAGAUUUUUCGUCUUUCGUUCACGUUGAUCUUGACGACGUGGAAAACGAGAAUAAUGAAUCUGGAGAUAUGCAUUGUGUGUCGGCCUCAACUCAAGCUCUUUUUCAGAAUGAUGAGGAUGGUGAAGAUGAGCGUGAUACUGAUGACAGUUGCACAGACAACUCUAACGUUGAAAAGUCAGGCACUACGCUGCAGAGACGUGAACGUCAUGGAGGAGGGACUUUAAUUCUUCCCGACACCUUUCAGACAAGCCACCUGCUCUUCUAUGAGAGGUUUAAGGCAUAUCAGGACUACAUGCUUGGAGACUGUAAGCCCUCUGAGGUAAAGGUCUUCACAGCAGACUACCUAGAGAAGGUCGUGGAACCAUGUGAUUGGUUGGCUUUGUGGUCAACUGAUGUCUUUGAUGUUCUUUUGGAGGUGCAUGAUGUGGUCCUGAAGGAUCUGAAGGCAUGUGUUAAGCUGGUGCUGCCUAUGCAGUGUGACACCAGAGGAUGUGAACUCAGCGAAGAAGCCAUGAAUUCUCUACUAGAGGCCACCCAGCACAAAAUCCCACUGCAGGAGCUGCAUGUCGUCUACGAAGAGUCAGGGGACUUUGAUCAGACUGCCCUUGCUUUGGAGCAUCUCAGGUUUUUCUAUAACCACGUCUGGAGGCAGUGGGAUGAGGAAGAUGAAGAUGAUGACUUUGACUACUUUGUUCGUUGUGUGGAGCCCCGUCUCAGGCUGUACUACGAUAUCUUAGAGGAUAGAGUCCCAGCAGGCCUGGUGGCAGAAUACCAGUCCUUAUUGGAGAAAUGCGCCCAGUGCUUCCAGCAGUUCUCUCUUCUGCGCAGUGUCCUUAGCCCCGACUCGGACUCUGAGCUUGACAAUGUGUCAAUGGUGGAGGGUCUGAAGCUCUAUGACGAACUGGAGAAGUUCAAACGUAAACUGCACAUAAUUGAGAACCCUUUGUUGAGGUACGUGUUGGGCUAUAAUGGUAAUCCGAGGCAGCAUUGUGUGCAGAGUCGCGGACCCAGAGCAUCCGGUGUAAAGGUGAUCCAUGUUGUCACAGCCUCCUGCAGCACCAUCCAGCUCCAGUCCCUCCUCACUGCCAGACUACUGCCCCUGUGCUCCUGUGGGGACACUGAGAUCCAGUUCCACAGAGAGCCAGUAUCAGCGCUGGACUCAUGUCAUCAGGGUGAUGUGGUCAUUGUUCUCCCAGGGAUCUACAAUGUCAAUAGCUCCAUGUUCAUACCAGACUCCAUAACUGUAGAAGGCUUUGGUUUUCCUGACGAUGUGGUGAUUGAAAAGAAAAACAAGGGCGACUCCUUUGUCGAAACCUCAGGAGCGGAUGUCAGACUGUCCAACAUUAAGUUUAUCCAACAUGAUGCUAUCGAGGGCAUUCUUUGUGUCCGACAGGGAUCUCUGAACAUGGAAAACUGUGUGCUGCAGUGUGAGACUACUGGAGUUACUGUCCGAACAUCAGCCCAUCUAAACAUGAACAUGUGUGACCUGUAUGGAUCCAAGGGGGCUGGUGUGGAGAUUUACCCUGGCAGUGUUUGCAGUCUGACUAGUAAUGGCAUCCAUCACUGUAAAGACGGAAUCCUCAUAAAGGAUUUUGCUGAUGAGCUUGAUGUGAUGCCAACCAUCACCAUGGAGAACAAUGUAAUCCACAACAAUGAAGGCUAUGGAGUUAUUGUCGUGAAGCCCAACACAGGGGUUCAACACAGCAUUCCUCAGAACAGAAAUGAAGACGACCCUGUAAAAGACGCUGCUGGAGAGACAGCUGAAGAUGGACAGCAGGCAGGAGUUUCAGAUUCUCCACUUGCCUCAAUAUCCUUAGCAAGCCCAACCUCCAGCAGCUCUGCAGCUCAGCCCAAGUCAAAGGAGAACAACAGCACAGAUGGUGACGUAGCCUCCUUCUCAGGCAGGAGAUGGCAAUUUAGUUGUCAGCUGAGCAGACCCAAGGAGACUUGCAGUCGAGCAGUCCAGGAUUUGAUGGACCACCAGAUUUUCAUCUCCAUUCAAGGAAACCAGUUUAGACGUAAUGGCAUGGGAGACUUUGGUACCUUUUUUUACUGACAAAUAUUUUGUUUUCAUGUAUCAUGUUUUUCUCAUCCAUAGAAAAUUUUUACUUCGUAUUUUAUCUUAAUUCCUUUGUAAAUUAAGCUGAUUCACAUUAAGUAGAGAUGAUCUGAUGGGACGAACUGAUCAGUUGCAAGCUGCCUGUGUAUGUUUUCAGCUGCAUAUUUAACCUUGAAGGUUCACCCAAAAAAUGAAAUUAACUCAUCUACUCACCAUUAUGCCGAUGGAGGGGUG